AUGUCGUCAGCUAUCACUGACUUGACUAAAACGAUGAACAACAUAUCGUCCGCCAUUACUGACUUAAAUGUUAAUGUAAACCAAUUGCUAUUUAAGUGUAAUGAACGCGAAAAACCGCAUCAAUUCGAUUGCAGACUGUCGAGUCAGCAGUUCCCUUUGUCAUCUGAAGAGGAACUACAGAUGCUGGAUACUGGUUUGUCGCAGAAAGAAACCAGGGACCGAUUUAUUGCAAUGGUCACUAGGUUAUCAAGUGACGAUCCAAAAACGUCGACGUGGUUUGUUCUGUCGCAUCUGUUGACACCUGAGGUUGCCAGUAAAUUCACGUUACUUGGCUCCUCUUCAAAACGAGCACUCCAGAAAUGCAAGUUUUACGGCUGCAUACGAAGUGCCUUAACUAAUCGCUUUCUGUCAUCCUCUGUCAACGAAAAAGACCUUGGUAAGCUCUGUGACAUCCCGACACAAGGUUAUUUUCACGAUAUCCGAGACAAGAUGAUAAAGCGUAAUAGAAGAAAACAAGACCAUGUAUGUACUAAUUUAAAGUGAUAACCUCCCUACGGCUCUAUAGUUACAGUCAACAAUAUUAACGAACAUAACCGUAAGUUCAGCUUUAAGUAUUUGGCUGUGCCAAAGCAUGUCAUUGAGAUAUGGUUGUGACUUUUUUUCUUUUUUUUAAUUCAGAAUUCACAGGACG